CCGCACUAUAUAGUGCACAGCCUCUGCAGUCCCACUCUGCAGCUGCACGAACAUAUUUGACCGAAGUACGCAAGAAGAGCAGCCAUGGCCAAAAGUGAUGGGUGCGAUUAUUUCAAAAGAACAAGCCUGUUUUGGAUUGUAACGGUGACACUUUCGAUGGGAUUCUUCACUGUUAUUGUUUUGGCACCAGAAAAGAUUCCCUUUGAGCACCUUGGUCCGUUCGGCACCUUCUGUUCAUAUCUAGUGGAAAAUCUGAGUGGGCUCAUGUUUAAAAUGUGGCUUGCUUCUUGGGCUAUCCAUGUGUUUGAGGCUUGCAUCGCGUUGAGGAUGUGUAGCCAGAAAGGCAUCACCGAUGGCGGCUCCCGCUUCCUGUGGUUCAUCCAGACCUUCCUGUUUGGCUUCGCCUCCCUGGGCAUCCUCGUCAAGUACGACCCUGAGCGGCCUAAGCAGCAUUGACUCAUCUCCCAAGAGCCCCCGACACCGGAGAGAUUAAGUCUCUCUGUCUCUCUCUCUGACUGACUUUGUAUCUGCUGAGGCUCCUUACCAAAGAGAGAUGGGAUAAGGGUUAACAUAGAGGAUGUGUAGCGAAAGCAUCAAGUAUUGUCUUUCAAGCCGCCUUUUAAAACAUUCCUAACUUAUUUUCAAAACUGGAUUAACAAAUAUAGAAAUCUUUUUAUCAUAAUGGGAAAAUAUAGUUUUGGCUAACUUUUGAAUGUAGAGAAUGCUGUAUGAAUAAACGCUAUGAAGUAAUACUUAAACCUACCUGUAGCAAGUCUUAAGAACAACCAGUUAAUCACGGAUAACGGCCAUGUUCACAAAUUGUUUACAUAAAGAGAAGGGUAGAACGCUUUUGGAGUCCCUUUAGUCGGAAUGCGUGUCCCCGAAUGAUCAGAUCUCAGAUUGAGAUAUUAUAGAUGAGGUGGUAUAUCCAACACCAGGGGCGACUCACAGGUAGCUGACCAUGGUGAAACACACCAGACACCAGAUGCUGUGAUAAUGACACCUCUUGCCGCGUGCGACAAAUGUCUGCCAGACACUAUACCGUUUGCCUUUCCAGAUUGAGGUACUUAAUAUUUUCACUGAAGCCUUUCUAAACCCUACUGUGGUUGAUUUUUUUAUUGUGUUGCAAUGUUUGGAAAAUAAACUGAUUUAAGAACAGAA